ACUAAAUUGGUUACGUGUUUAUCCAGUAACGAAACAAACGAGCAAUUAUGUGAUAGUUCCGUCAGUUCCGCCAUUACUAAUGCCCAGGAAUACAGAUAUUCGGCAAUAGACUCUAAGCACUAUCAGCGAAAGUCUUUAAAGUAUAUCCGUCUCUUAAUUCACGUCGACAACGUAACGGAGGCAUUUUAUCGCGGAAUGUGAAGACAUCCAUCUGAUGCUCGAUAAAGGAUCACCCCUCCCAUUGCUGAGGAUCUCGUUUCCGUGGAGCGAAAGAUUGCAUGCUGUACUGCCCAUGCUUUAUGUUUGCUCGGAAAUUCAUGUAAGAGAAGAGAAUCGAGAAUUACGUCCGUGAUAAAAAUUACUCUUGCAUACGCAAUGCCAGUGAACGAACCGGAUGAGGAAAUUUUUGAAAGAGAUCAAUCACAGUAUCAGGUUGUUAAUAGCGCACGUCACGAAGAAAAUGACAGAAUGCUAGCAAAACAGGAAGUAAUCAACGAGAACGGCGAAACCUGGAUAUCUCCGAUUUCCGAAACGAUAACAGAUUCUGCUGGUACUCGACGGAUUAGCCCAUCAAGAACAAAGAAAUUACCGGAGUUAUCUCGAACGACAUCGAGGACGGAAGCCGUUAGGCAAGAUGUCAGGAGGUUGAAGAGCGCCACGUUGGAUAGAAUGGGGAAGAUGUUUAGAGCGCGUACGCCUGCUGUGGGAAGGUCUUUUUUAGGUUUGAAUACUAAUAUGACAAGCGUAGAAGAUUAUAACGAAAAAGCAUCGAGGAGAGAAAAAACAAACUCUUUGGGAAGAAUGUUUAAGCUUGUCGACAAAGAUGGUUCGCCCAGGAAGCUUUUUGUCCAUCCCCGAGCCGGAUCGCUGAGUCGUAUACUACGUAGACAUCCUCAUAAUGAGAACAAUGGAAUUAUCGAUAAACCUGCGGAAGACACUGGACGUGGAAUUCUCUCCAGAAUGCUCAACCAACUGAGAGGUCGUCCCGUGAGCGGAACUACCACUAAGCCUGAUGAAGACAAGCGCACAUACAACAAACUUAAUUCUUCAUUAGAAUUGUCAUCAGAAAUGCCAUUAAAUUCAAAGACUACUAAUAUUAUGUAGGCAUUAUUAAUGUCUAUAGAAUCCGCUCGUUUCUUGGGAGACAUUUGUAUUAAUCUUGACUUCAUUGUAAUAAAAUUUAUUUUUAAUUA